UCGUCAUUGGGCUUUGGCCGGGAUUGUAGCGCUGCUGCUCAACUCUCCCGCUUUCGCUUCACAUCGACAGUUUCUCUCUCUCUUCUCUCUUCAAGAAAAUAUCACAAUAUCAUAUUAUCAUACACUUGUGUUAUUCCAUUCUCGCCUUAAUAAGCUACAGAUAGGCAUCGCCCAGUAGGCUUCCUAGAUACGGAAACCUACCGUCUCUUACCAGCCAGCAGCUACUUCCACAUAUAUGGUCGCACGACUCUCCGAAACAACACACUCACGGCCGGGGGGAAUCUUCUACGGAAGCGAUGUCUUCAAAGAGCAUCCGAACGUCGAAGGAAGAGGGUAGCAAAACAGUCGAUAUAGUGGUAGGAGCUGAGCAAGAAGUCUUCGGCGUGCAUGAAAGGCUGGUGCGUGCGUCGUCUGCCUUCUUUGACAAGGCCAUGGCGGGCGAUUGGAAGGAAUCUCAGCAACGCACUAUCCACCUACCAGAUGAUGAACCGGAAAUAUUUGCGCUAUAUGUCCACUGGCUCUAUUACAGCACACUUCCCGUCUUUUGUGAUGAGCCGGGUCUCCCAGGAAAUUCUGAAAACCUUAACUUAGUUAAGGCUCACGUCUUGGGAGACAAAAUACUCGACUCCAUGUUUCAAGACGCGGCCAUUGACGCUAUUGUGGAGAAAUGCCAGUCGAAAGCGCAAGAUGGAGCAAAUUGGUUCCCCGUUGGCGAGGUGAUAAGGUAUGCAUUCGACAACACAAACGAGUCGGCUCCAAUUCGCGAACUACUCGUGGAUAUGUACGCGAUUCAUGGGUAUAGAGCAUGGCUCAAAGAUUGGGCAGAACCGGCAAGUCUUCCGCAGCCGUUUCUGUUCAAGCUUGCUUCGACGCUCUUAGACUGGCGACACGGUGCUGAGCUGUCCUUCCAACCCUCCCGGUAUCAUGCUCAUCGUUCAGACGAAGGAAAUAGCCCUAAGAAACUGCCGAGUUUGACAAAGGAGUAG